AUGAUGCCGCCGGCAGGUUUUACCCUGGUGCUCGUCCUCCUGGGUGUCACUCCCUCAGCAGCAGCCGCAGAAUUCAGUUCCAUCGCCGAAACCGAAGACGCUCUCCUCAGGCAUUUGUUCCAAGGUUAUCAGAAGUGGGUUCGCCCUGUGUUCCAUUCUAACGACACCAUAAAAGUCCACUUUGGAUUGAAAAUAUCUCAGCUUGUCGAUGUGGAUGAAAAGAACCAACUGAUGACAACAAAUGUGUGGCUCAAACAGGAAUGGACAGACCACAAAUUACGCUGGAAUCCAGAUGAAUACGGUGGAAUUCAUUCCAUUAAAGUCCCAUCGGAAUCUCUCUGGCUCCCUGACAUAGUUCUCUUUGAAAAUGCUGAUGGACGUUUCGAAGGCUCCCUCAUGACGAAGGCCCUCGUGAAAUCCAAUGGGACCGUCACCUGGACCCCUCCCGCCAGUUAUAAGAGCUCGUGCACCAUGGACGUCACGUUCUUCCCGUUUGACCGGCAGAACUGCUCCAUGAAGUUCGGGUCCUGGACUUACGACGGGACCAUGGUCGACCUCGUCUUGAUCAACGAACACGUCGACAGGAAAGACUUCUUCGAUAACGGGGAGUGGGAAAUACUAAACGCCAAAGGGAGGAAGGGACACCGGAGAGACGGUGUGUACGCCUACCCGUUCAUCACCUACUCCUUCGUCCUGCGUCGCCUGCCUCUGUUCUACACCCUCUUCCUGAUCAUCCCCUGCCUGGGGCUCUCCUUCCUGACGGUUCUGGUGUUCUAUUUGCCUUCGGAUGAAGGAGAGAAGCUUUCCUUGUCGACCUCGGUCCUGGUGUCCCUGACGGUGUUUCUGGUGGUGAUUGAGGAGAUCAUCCCUUCUUCCUCCAAGGUCAUUCCUCUCAUUGGAGAGUACCUGCUGUUCAUUAUGAUCUUCGUCACCCUGUCGAUUAUUGUCACCGUGUUCGUCAUUAACGUUCACCACAGAUCUCCCUCCACGUACCACCCCAUGGCCCCCUGGGUGAAGAGGCUCUUUCUGCAAAAACUCCCUAAGUUACUCUGCAUGAAGGACCACGUGGACCGCUACUCUUCCCCAGAGAGAGAAGAGAGCAGACGGGUGGUGCCAGGUAAAGUCCUAGAGAGAAAGAAGCAGAAGCAGGUUAGUGAUGGAGAGAAAGUGCUGGUUGCUUUCUUGGAAAAGGCUGCAGAGUCCAUUCGGUACAUCUCCACGCAUGUGAAGAAGGAGCAUUGUGUCAGCCAGGUGGUACAAGACUGGAAGUUCGUAGCGCAAGUUCUGGACCGCAUCUUCCUGUGGCUCUUCCUGACGGUGUCGGUGAUGGGCUCCGUCCUGAUUUUCACCCCCUCUUUGAAGAUGUGGCUACACAGUUACCACGAGGAGCAAGUCUCCAGAGCGAUCUAA